GUCAUCAAAGGUCCUUUCCUCCUCGAGAGUAACGUGUAGCCCGUGCUCCCGUGCUGCGGCUGUAAGAUGGCUCUACAUGAUCACGUUAUGUCCACUGCUCAAGCUUCUUUGUGCGAUACAUUCCAGCGAGACUUUCUGUGUUGUAGACGUAUUGGAUCCUUACCAUGGAAGGAAUUGGACCAUCAGUUGACCCUACAGCCAUCAUUUGCUCUCAUUAUUUUGGAAAAGACCGUGAAUCAUCCAGUGUGUCAGAAGUGCCCGCCAUCAUUACAGUACCGAAGACUCUUCUUGUCUGAGCUAAUCAAAAAGCAUGAGCGUACUGGAGCAGAACCGCUCGAUGAUUUAUACAGUGCACUGGCUGAAAUCCUAAAUUCAGAAGACACUGCAGUCUGCUACAAAAGUUACUGUUUGCCUACAGGGGACCUCAUUACAUUGUCUGAAAACGUUGCCAUAAUCUCCACAGGAACCACAGGCCUAGUGACAUGGGAAGCUGCUCUUUUCUUAGCUGAAUGGGCAAUUCAAAAUAAUUAUGUCUUCAACAAUCGAACAAUUCUAGAGCUCGGGAGUGGAAUUGGUCUGACUGGACUGGCCAUAUGUAAGAGCUGUUCUCCCAAGAAAUACACGUUCACUGACUGUCACCAGAAAGUCCUUCAGCAGCUCAGAGAAAACAUUCAGCUCAAUGGCUUUAUGCUGAGUGAAGACCCAAAGACUGUGUCAGUAAUGGAGCUCGACUGGGAAUCCAUUACAGAACAACAACUUCUGAACCUGGAAGCGGACGUGGUCAUUGCAUCAGAUGUGGUGUAUGAUCCAGAGAUUGUAACUUCGUUUACUAGAGUACUAAAGAAGCUUUUUCACUGUACAAAAGCUGGAAAUAAACUUGACGUUUUUGUCGCAUCGACUAUUCGUAAUCCCGACACAUACCGACUGUUUCAGGCAGCGUUAGAUGACACUGGGAUAAGGUGGCAGGUUCUCCCGGACCACAAGAGGAGUAUAUUUGCAUAUGAUAAAAACUGUACAGUGCAAAUUCUGAAAUUGACUUUAUCAGUGUAAAUAUUUUACAGAGAGGCUGAAAGCAGUGUAUAGUAAGUGAUAAAAGUGCUGUAUAAACCA